UUGCAAACAAUUAACUUCGCUGCUUGUGCUUUUGAGACAACGUUAGUUACUACAACACACUUAUCCUCAUUUUCUAGCUUCUUCCUUUUGUUUCUUGGUUCCUCUUCUUCUUCAAGCUUUCCACUUCCAAGGUUGUCGUUCCUUAGUGAAGGUUCCAACUUCAACAUGACGGUGACACCUAAGAUCUCGGUUAGUGAUGAUGGAAACCUGGUGGUUCACGGCAAGACCAUACUGAGUGGUGUGCCAAAGAACAUUUUGCUGUCUCCAGGAACUGGAGAUGGCCUUAUGACAGGUGCAUUUAUUGGUGCUACUUCUUCCAACAGCAAAAGCCUCCAUGUCUUUCCCAUGGGUGUCUUAGAGGAUCUUCGGUUCUUGUGUUGUUUCCGGUUCAAGUUGUGGUGGAUGACUCAUAGAGUUGGAACUUGUGGGAGGGAUGUGCCAUUGGAGACUCAAUUCAUGCUUAUAGAGUGCAAAGACAGUAAAGAUCACCAGCAUAAUUCUCCAACAGUCUACACUGUCCUGCUUCCUCUCUUGGAAGGCCAGUUCCGGGCUGUUCUACAAGGCAAUGACAAAAAUGAAAUAGAAAUUUGCCUUGAGAGUGGAGAUCCUGCUGUUGAGACCAAUCAUGGUCUUCACUUGGUCUACAUGCAUGCUGGAACCAACCCCUUUGAAGUCAUCAACCAAGCUGUCAAGGCUGUAGAAAAGUAUAUGCAAACGUUCCUUCACCGUGAGAAGAAAAGAUUGCCAUCUUUUCUUGACUGGUUUGGCUGGUGCACAUGGGAUGCUUUCUAUACUGAUGUUACAGCAGAGGGUGUUGAAGAAGGCCUCAAAAGCUUAUCAGAGGGAGGUACAUCUCCACGGUUCCUCAUCAUAGAUGAUGGUUGGCAACAGAUUGAAAGUAAACCAAAGGACGCUGAUUCUGUUGUACAAGAAGGAGCACAGUUUGCUACUAGGCUGACUGGUAUUAAAGAAAAUACUAAAUUUCAAAAGAAUGCAGAGAGCAACGACACAAUCUCCGGUCUGAAGCAUGUUGUACAAGAAGCAAAGCAACGCCACGGUGUGAGACAUGUUUAUGUUUGGCAUGCUCUAGCUGGUUAUUGGGGUGGAGUGAAGCCUGCAGCAAGUGGCAUGGAACAUUAUGACACUGCUUUAGCAUAUCCGAUACAGUCUCCAGGUAUCCUAGGAAACCAACCAGACAUUGUCAUGGACAGCUUGUCUGUGCACGGCUUGGGCCUGGUGCAUCCAAAGAAGGUUUUUGAUUUCUACAAUGAGCUCCAUGCUUACUUAGCCUCAUGUGGAGUAGAUGGUGUCAAGGUUGAUGUGCAGAACAUUAUUGAGACCCUAGGUAGUGGACAUGGUGGAAGGGUUUCACUCACACGCAGCUAUCAUCAGGCGCUUGAGGCCUCUGUUGCUCGGAAUUUUCCUGACAAUGGAUGCAUUGCCUGCAUGUGUCACAACACUGAUGGCCUUUAUAGUUCCAAGCAGACUGCUGUUGUGAGAGCAUCUGAUGACUUUUACCCACAUGAUCCUGCUUCCCACACCAUUCAUAUUUCAUCUGUUGCUUAUAACACACUUUUCCUUGGAGAGUUCAUGCAACCUGACUGGGAUAUGUUUCAUAGUUUACAUCCAGCGGCAGAGUAUCAUGCUGCAGCUCGUGCGAUCAGUGGAGGUCCAAUUUAUGUUAGUGAUAAGCCAGGAAGGCACAAUUUUGAUCUUCUCAAGAGACUGGUUCUGCCUGAUGGUUCAGUUCUUCGUGCUCAGUUGCCUGGCCGGCCUACUGUUGACUCUCUCUUUGUUGAUCCAGCAAGAGAUGGGACUAGCUUUCUCAAGAUAUGGAACUUGAACAAAUGCUCUGGCGUGGUUGGUGUAUUCAACUGCCAAGGUGCUGGUUGGUGCAAAAUUCAGAAGAAAACCCGAAUUCAUUGUCCAUCUCCUGUGACACUCACAGGCUGUGUUUGUGCCUCUGAUGUGGACCUCAUUGCUGAAGUAGCAGGUGAUGAUUGGCAUGGUGACACCAUUGCUUAUGCCUACAGAUCAGGUGAAAUAAUCCGGCUUCCAAAAGGUGCUUCGGUGCCCGUGACACUAAAAGUUCUAGAGUAUGAACUUUUCCAUUUCUGUCCAAUCAAGGAAAUUAUGCCAAGUAUUUCAUUUGCACCAAUAGGGCUAUUGGAUAUGUUAAACAUUGGAGGUGCUGUGGAACAGUUUGAAGUCUUUAAAGAAUCUGAAGUGCCUGAAGGAGAUAAAUCACCAAAAGCAACUAUUAGCCUCAGUGUGAGGGGAAGUGGGAGAUUUGGGGUUUACUCCUCCCAGUGCCCACUGAAGUGUGUGGUAGGUGACAAUGAAAGAGAGUUCAACUAUGACUCAGAGAGUGGGUUGACAACCUUCUGCAUCCCUGUGCCUGAAAAGGAGAUGUACCGUUGGAAGAUAGAGAUACAAAUCUGAGUUUCAAGUCUUAGUAAACAACACUGGGAGAGAGAUUUUGUUGUAAUAACAUCACAUGUAGCAGUAGCAUAGUGUGGGGUGUGGGUUUGGUAUAAUGGGUGUAUUUGUUGUGGUGGGGUACAAAAGGUUUUUCUUUUAUUUUUAGUGAAACUUAACACGUUUUUUAAGUUUUGAGUGAGUUCAUGAUGUUCUUUCUUGUACUUGGGAAUAAUACAGUAGGAAAAGGGGGGAAAACUGUACGAAGUAUGAUCAUUUGGAUGUGUUUGUAACUUGUAAGUGGGCAAGUUAAUGGUUACAACGAGGCAAGGAGCAAUUUGUAUUACUGCUAAGUGCUGU